AUGGAACCAGUGCUCUCCAAAAUACUCGAUCCCACUGAGGAAAUAAGUGCCUUGAGCUUGGUUGAGGUUGAUGAAAUAAACGAUGACGCAAUUGAUUUGGAUGAUCUGCUCCCAAAAAUUGGUGAAUUUGGUCUAUAUCAGAAGUUGUUACUGUGGCUUGUGUGCCUUCCCGCUUGCUUGCCAUGUGGAUUCUGCGCGUUCAAUCAGUUGUUCAUGACCGACGUACCCGAUCAUUGGUGCAAAGUACCAGAGCUUCUUAUGUUAAAUCUCACAGAACGAGACCGCAAAUCUCUGUCAAUACCACAUCAGGCAGGUAGCAACUCUACUUUUGAGAAAUGCCUUCGGUAUAAAGUGAACUGGACUGAAGUUAUACAAAGUGAUAAUCCAAUAGUUGUAAACGAAAGCUGGCCUCGAGAACCUUGUUUGAAUGGUUACGAAUACGAUUUUUCUGAAGUCACAUCGUCUAUUGUCAUCGAUUUUGAUUUGGUAUGUGAGUACGAUGUGUACCCGACUCUAGGUUUGGUGGCUUUAAAUGUUGGAGGACCUAUAGGUGUUUACACAUUUGGAAUAUUAAACGACCGAAUAGGUCGAAAGAAAUCAUUCUUCAGUUGCUUAACAACACUUUUGAUCGGAAGUAUAAUGACGGCGUUCGCUCACGCGUACUGGAUAUGGGUCCUAGCAAGAACCAUAGUGGGUUUAACUAUUCCAGCAGUCUAUCAGAUACCAUUCAUUAUCUGCAUUACUUACUUACUACGCGAUUGGAGAGCUUUGGCUUUAGUGACGUCAGUACCAUUUUUAUUUUAUUACUUUUACUGGUUUGUACUACCCGAAUCUCCAAGGUGGUUGUUGAUGAGAGAAAAACUGGAGGAAGCGAACACCAUUUUGAAAAAUAUAGCCAAAGUGAACGGCAAGGAGUUGCCCGAAGAAUUUACAAAUAAACUUCAAAAGUUAGUUUUGGAACAAAAAGAAAAUGGAUGCAAAGCGACUAAAAACGCUAGUGUGUUUGCUUUAUUCAAAACACCUAAUAUGAGGUUGAAAACCUGUCUGAUCACUUUAAACUGGUGCGCCUCAGAAAUGGUUUACGUUGGACUCAGUUACUACGGACCUGCUAUUGGAAACAAUCAAUACAUGAGCUUUUUUCUAUCAUCUGCUGUGGAAAUACCGAGUUAUCUCGGCUCAAGUAAUUUGGUAUUGCCUCUGGUGGUGAUGGGUGUCUUAUCAGUAAUCGGUGGUAUAUCCUGUUUACGUCUACCAGAAACUCUUCACACGUCAUUGCCCCAAACCGCGGAAGAAGGAGAGGAAUUCGGCAAAAACUGGACGUAUAAAGAUUGUUUUGUCUGCGGAGAUCAAAGGUUGCAGUUUCUUAUAUCUCAUGGUUGUAUAAGUAUAAUACUCAUCAGUAAAGCACAAGUGAUAUCUAUGAAAAUAUGA